GGCUGCGGAAGCGCGGCCGCGGCGGCCGCGCGAAGGAGGAAGUCGGGGGAGGCGCGGGAGCGUGGGGCCUGCGGGGCCGGGCGGACGCCAUGGGCCGGCUGCACUGCACACAGGACCCCGUGCCCGAGGCCGUGGGCGGCGACAUGCAGCAGCUGAACCAGCUGGGCGCGCAGCAAUUCUCAGCCCUGACUGAAGUGCUCUUCCACUUCCUAACUGAGCCAAAAGAGGUGGAAAGGUUUCUGGCUCAGCUCUCCGAAUUUGCCACCACCAACCAGAUCAGUCUUGGCCCCCUGAGAAGCAUCGUGAAGAGCCUCCUCCUGGUUCCAAAUGGUGCCUUGAAGAAGGGUCUCACAGCCGAGCAGGUCCGGGCCGACUUCAUGACUCUGGGUCUCAGUGAGGAGAAAGCCAUCUACUUUUCUGAAAAGUGGAAGCAGAAUGCCCCCACCCUUGCUCGAUGGGCCAUAGGUCAGACUCUGAUGAUUAACCAGCUUGUAGAUAUGGAAUGGAAAUUUGGAGGUAACCAGUUAGAGCCAGUCCUGGGUCACUUGGAUGAUGCAGGGUUGGGUGGCAGAGGCUCUCAGAUGACUUCACUGGGGAAUCGCGAUCCUUGGUCCCCUAAGAUUGUUGGGUCUAGCAGCUGCUUCCCUGUGUCACUGUCCACAUUCAGCAGCUCUUUCUACCCAUGGCUAUCUGUGAGUUCACUUCCUGAAAAGCACAUUCUGCUGUCUUCAUCCUGGCCCCCACAUGGCUCCUGCUUUACAACUUGCAAGAUUGGGCUCUUCAGAGUUGGUCCUCCACCAGCCACUUACUAUUUUUCUCUUUUGUGUCACAGUGACGUCUGGGAGCAGCGAACUGGAAAAAGUAGGAAGUAUUUUUUUACAAUUAAAGUUGGUCGUUAAGAAAGGAAAUCAAACAGAAAAUGUAUACAUAGAAUUAACCUUGCCUCAGUUCUACAGCUUCCUGCACGAGAUGGAGCGAGUCAGAACCAGCAUGGAGUGUUUCAGCUGAUUUCUGUCCCCGCCUUGCAUCUCCACCUCGCCCCCUCCCUGUGCCCUCCUCCUCUUUCCCGGUGACCUGCUCUAAGAGGCUGCUGGGCUCCCAGGCCUGUGGCCUCUCCUCUGGGCCUGCCUGCCUCUUGGGAGCCCAGGUGCAAAGUUUCUGAAAAACAAAGGAUUAAGUGCUUAAGGAGCCCGGACAGGAUGACCCUGAAGAGUCUUCAUGAGGCACCCUCCACCACCUAUCUCCCAGGUCACUGUUUAGAUAUUCAGAAAGGUGAUUGCAUCUCAGAUGCAGGGAGGAGGUAAGUCAAGUCACCUCCCCUUCAAAGCUCCAGAGUACACAAAUGGUCUGUUGCUCAAGAUAUCAACACUGAUGACCUUCUCCACAAGACAGCAAGGGCUUAUUUAUGACUAAGGAAGAGGUGGAUUUCAUGAAUGACCCAAAGGGAGCUCCCAGCAGAGUUCCUACAGGAGUUUGUGGUGGUGGGGCCUUGCUGAUCGGUCUUUAGUGGACACCUGUGUAAAAGUAUGGGCUGGGUCUGCUCUGAAAAAAAAAAAAACAGGCUUCACUUCAGGUUUUGCCCCGUUGUGUGUAAUGAGGCGGGCCUUUUGAGGUUACUUCAGCUUGUUUUGGUUCAAGCUGACCUUCUGUGGUGGUUAGAUGAAGAAUAAAGAAGAUUCUGAAGAACAGGUCUGCA